CGGCGGCGGCGGCAGCGGAGCGCGGUGGGAGCGGCGCCCACAGCCGGCCCGGCCGGGCCGCUCCGCCGCCCCCGCGGGACGCGCUCGUUGCCAGGGAGGAAAAGGCAAAGUCACUGCCAGCACCAUUUCCUUCGAGCUAAAGAUGUUGAGAAAAAGCACCUCUGCCCCUGCCCUGUCCUUUCAGCCCUUCUGCUGCUGCUGUGCCCAGGACUCCCUCCCCUGCCACUCCUGUUCCCUAAGAGCACGGGGGCAAUAAACCUUUUACCCAGGGAGCUUUCCCCACCCCGAGGCCGUCCCUGCGCGUCCCUGAGGAGCUGGCAGGGCCCAGCCUCUCCUGGGGGAUCAUGGAGUGACAGAGGAGCUUUGCCAGCCCCAGCUGCCAGCACCCUUUGCCUGGACCCUGAUGGAGGCAGGACUGCAUUACCAUGGUGAUGAUCUUAACCAAAACUCGGGAAAACAAAGGUGCUGACUCCGUAACAUGCAGGACUGAGCUGCACACUCCAAAGAUGAGUCAAGGACCUACCCUGUUCUCCUGUGGCGUGAUGGAAAAUGACAGAUGGAGAGAUCUCAGCAGGAAAUGUCCACUCCAGCUCGAGCAGCCGGGCGCCAGCAUCUGGGACUGCCUGUCGGACAAGGGCGAGGAGGGCUCGCGCUGGCCCAGGGACACGGCCGGCACCUGCUCCGUCACCAACCUGAUCAAGGAGCUGAGCCUCAGCGACCCCCACGGCCACCCCUCCGCCCCUCCCAGCAAGCGCCAGUGCCGCUCCCUGUCCUUCUCGGAUGAGAUGUCAGGCUGUGGGACCUCCUGGAGGCCCCUGGGCUCCAAGGUGUGGACGCCGGUGGAGAAGAGGCGCUGCUACAGCGGCGGCAGCGUGCAGCGCUACUCCAACGGCUUCGCCACCAUGCAGAGGAGCUCCAGCUUCAGCCUGCCCGCCCGCUCCAACCCGCUGUGCGGCGGGCAGCCCAGGAGAUCGGCUGCUGGAGGCCACGGGGGAGACAGGGUGGACAUCCAGAGGUCCCUGUCCUGCUCGCACGAGCGCUUCUCGUGCUCGGAGUACAGCGCGCCCUCGGCCUGCAGCACGCCCGCCUCCACGCCUGAGCUGGGCCGCCGUGCCGCCGGCCUGGCCCGCAGCCGCUCCCAGCCCUGCGUCCUCAACGACAAAAAGGUGGGCAUCAAGCGCAGGAGGCCCGAGGAGGUCCAGGAGGAGCGGCCCUCGCUGGACCUCGCCAAGAUGACCCAGAACCGCCAGACUUUCAACAGCCUCACCUGCCUCAGCAGCACGGCCGAGGACGGCUCCCAGCGGCUGCCGGGCCCUCAGGCAUGGCCGGCGGCUCCGGAGGUGAUGCCGGGCCGGACCCCCGCCUGCACCCCGGUCCCGGAGCCACCCCGGUCCCGGCCCUGUGAGCACCGGGCCAGCAGGGACGACCUGUCCUGUGAGGAGGAGGAGGAGGGCACCGCCAAGGAGGAGCACAGGGCAGCCUGGAGGAGCACCGAGAGCCUCUUCCAGCUGGAUGGCGAGCUAGACAUCGAGCAGAUCGAGAACAACUGAGGAGGGAGCAGCUCUGCCCGCCCUGGGCUCUGAGGGCUGCCAGCAGGGCCAGGGAGGGCUCCUGGCUGGCGGCGAGUUUGUGGGAUCCUGUCACUGCUCCCCUCCUGCCAGCUGGAGGGGACCAAGCAGCUUUGCCAAAAUUUCAUCAGGUAUUUAGAGGAAUUCGUGUGCAUGCGUGUGUAAAUCUUGAAAUUCUUUGUAACUACUGUAGCCAGAGAUCAGCCAGGCCGAGGAAAGUGCCUGUCCCACAGGGAAACCAGGCACAGGGAUCGCCAAAAACUCAGAAUCCAUGAGAAAAUGGCUUUUGCCAGGAUAGGGGUGGAGCUGAUGGAGCUGGCCAUGCUCCCACAGAUCCCACCUGUGCUAGUUCAGAAAGGAGAAACCACCAUCCCAGGACUGGAGAAAGGGGGAGAAAGCAGAAUAUUGAGAUUUGCAAAGCGAGCACUGGCUGGUGGCACUGGGGUGGCCACAGUUCCUUUUCUCCGGCCACAUCCCCUGUGGCCCCAGCACCCCCUCACUCCUCAUGUCCCUGGCAGUGCCGUGAGGAGGAAAUCACAAGUGAAGUGUUUUUGCUUAAAUUUAAUAAUGGCAAGAGCUGGAUUUUUACUCCUUUAUUUUUAGUUUUCCUUUUCCUGAUGAGGAAUUAAACAGAUCCCUGGCCCAUGUGGGGCGGCAUCCGCAGCAGCGCUUGCUGGGCGCUGAACAGGGAUGCUCAAAUGCCUUCCUUCCCUAUUUUUUUCCUUCCCAGUCCCCCUCUCUCAACUCUUUUGGGGGAAAAACCCUACUCAGGCUCUGUGCCACCCUCAUUUGGGUUCCCAACACCCUGUUUUGAGCAGGGCUGGGCUGUUUACCCAUUUACCAGCAGCUAUGCCCACUUUGUUACCCAGGGCAUGGCUGCCACCCUCUUCUUUUUUGGCUUUACUGUGAAGGGCUGCCUGCCCAAGGCACGUCGUGGAGGGGUUACUUGACAAAGUCAGCUGGCAAAAGGCUGAAAAUCCAGGUAGCAGCACUGAAAGCUUUUCCUCUUCCUGUGCCUUUUUAAAGCACAGAUAAAGUGGUGACCAUUAUGUUUGUACGAUAUGAAUUCUCUUUGCUAAAAAUAAGCUGUCCACUUGCUAACAGGUUUAGAAGGACACAUAUUUCUUUUUUCUCCCUCUGGUGGGUUGUUUUUUUUUUAUUAUUUGUUUGUUUGUUGAAAGCUCUAGGAAAGCUGUACAAAUAUCUUCCAGCAUCUUCUGGAUUCCUUCUGCUGGUUCGUUCAAGCUCAGGGGUCACUUCCUGAGCUUUGCAAACCUGAGAAAGGAAAAAAAUCAUUGAUACCAAGAGCAGCUGAAGACAGGACAUUUUAAAUGGGGUUCAGCAGCCCCACUGGCAAUGCCUUGAGGGUCCAUAACUCAGAAAGGCUGAGAGCUGCUGGUACAGGUUUCAUUCAUCAUUUCUGGUUUUGUUGGUGCACUUUUUUCCACAGUGGUUUGGGAUGUGUGUGGCAUCUCCCAUCACAGUGGAACCCAUUGGUUGUUACCCCUGUCCUGGCACUGCUGAGGUUUUGCUGGUGGCUGUGGCUGUGUCCACAUCCUCCAGGCAAGCAGGACAAGCCCCAGAUAUCCAGGGAGGGGAUGACAGGGAUGUCUUUUCAUUUUGGAGAACCCUCCAGCUCUUUUAAAGUGUCACUUUAUGCAUCACUUAGAAAAAAAUAUAUCCUGGGUUAAUUUUUCUCCCUCCUGUUAUGGAGGGUCCAGCCACGCCAGUGUUUUCCCAGGCUGCUGCCCCUCUGUCUGUGCCCCUGCAGUGGCACCCUCACAGCAAAGUUCUUGGCUUUGAGUCUUCCUGAUGCUCCCUCCAUCCCUCCCUCCCCACCACUGACAGGUCCUGGUCUGGGGGCACACAGCUCCUGCUGGCCACAGGCACCUCCUCAGCUGAGCAACAAAGGGCAAAUCCACCCAAACCCACAUCCAGCCACCACCUGGGCUCUCACCUGGGCAUCCCCAGGGCUGGAAUUCCUAAGGGCUUCUGUUUUCUUUCCAAGGGCUGCUCCUGGUGCCACGCUAAUCCCCAGAGUGGGAAGGUGGCCAAGGGACCACGGCCCAGCUGUCCUGGACCUGGUGGCCGCCGGGCCACGGCGCAGCUGUCCUGGACGUAGCCGUAGCAUUCAGUUUACAUUCAGCACAACCCGUUUGCCUUACUAAAAAUGCUUCUCCAAUGAGUCAUGGCCUUAGACUGGGCACGUUGGCGUAGGCACAGACUACAGUUAGCGACAGUUUUGAGGCCACAGUGGUGUUCUGUUGGGUAUUUCUUGUUGGGUUUGUAUGAUUUCAUGUACUUAUUCUCAGUUUAAGAAAGCCUUACUUUUUACUUUUUUUUUUGUCUCUCUCUCUCUCUCUGUAGAGGUAAAACAUUUGUGGAUUUAUAUAUAUAUAAAUAUAUAUAUAAAUAAAGUAAUAAAAAAUAUUAAAUAUAAUAUAGUAUGUGCCUCAGAUUCAGGGGACAUCCUGUUGAUUGUAAAGUCAGAAGUGGCGUUGCUCCCCUGGUGUCAGGAGAUCUGUCCCCUAGGCAGUGGGAGAGCAGGGCAUCCCCUGGGGGUCUUGCUCUUGGUUUGUAAAGGAUUUCACCUAUGAGAUGUUUUGGGAGCCCCCCAAACCCCCAGCAAACCCCUGCUGGCUGCCAGAAUGUGAUACUAAAGGAAUAUGCAGACAAGGGAUGUUAUUCCUUGCUAGGUAGCUAAAAUAGGUUCAUUAUUGUGAAGGGACUCGGUGGCUUGUCCAAGGUGUGACCCAGUCUGGGCAGCAGCUGUUUUGGGAUGACACCAAAGCUGUGGCAGCAGCAAUAAAGGUUCUUCAUCCUGAAAAAAAAUAGGAUUUUAACACAGAAAGUCUUAGCAGGCACACGGGAGUUUUGCUGCGUGUUUUGCAGAUGUAGCUCUUUGAGCCUGUCCUAUGAAAGAGUACAUGAAAAAAAGAGAAACCAACAAAAAGAAGCGUUUGUAAAAUAGAUUGUAAUUUUUCCACGUGCUAGCAUAGCCUGUUUGGCCAAUAAAAUUGUGUUUCAAGUGCAUUGUUUAAAGCUCCUGGCUGCCCAGGCAAACAGACUGACAGUAGGAUGUUCUAGGAUUGUAGCAGUGCUUUGCGGCGUGUGUGGGUUCCGUGUUCGAGAAAGAAAAAGAAGAGGAUGGCCAAAUAAAAAAAAAAAAAAUACACAAAACAAACCAGAAAGAUGGGAAGAAGAAUAAAAACAAAGCCUUCUGAAGCUAUGACCUGUAGUAGCCAAGUCUCGCUGGCAAUUGCACAAGCGCCGCGGGCCGAGCGUGUCCCGGGAGGGGCUGCCCCAGGUGUGCCCUCCCCGGGCGGGCCAGGAGGCUGCUCCUGCCCCCCCCAUGACUUGAUUGCACUAGAGCAGCUCAAUCUCAGGAAAUUGCUUGUUACUUUUACUGUGUAAAUAAAGCUUCCUGGUUCAAUAA